ACGUUCAGUUGAGGCCAAAACAUUAUAUCGUACUAUACGCACUCAGUCGUUCUUCGGACAGCAGUGUCUACAGGCUGUUCUAGCUCCGCGUUCCGCGAUAUAUUCGAAUAAGUACAACAAAAGCACAUAACAGAACCGGAUAAGAAGGUCGUGACUGAUGUGCACUUAGUAGUAGACUUGGAUGAGUCAAGUGACUUUUUAAUCUGAGGGGUAAAUUCCGUUCUUAGGAUUACUGAGACUCGUCGUCAUUCUAAGGCUAGGGGUGUUCAAACUGCGCCUGACUUGGGUUUUGAAAAGUGCGCUCAAAUGCUGAUUGCGAAUAAUAGCGAUACUUGCCUCUGGUGUUUUUGCAUGGUGUCGUCGUCGUCGUCGUCGUUGUCUUCGCUAGUAGUAAACGAAUGAAUGUGUAAACAGAGCAGUGUGUUACGUAGAGCCAUACAGAUAAUUACCUUAUAUUGAAUGAAGUGAUCCAAAGCACAGAACGAAGCAAGUGAAAGAAAGAAAAAUAACCAUGUCGGAAGCGAACGAAAGCAGUAGUUGCAGUGUCACUAAUAUUUUACUCGACGACAACAGGAAAAAUGGCGCCGUCCGAGUGCAGAUUGUUCCGUCCCAGCCGAAAACCCUGUCCCACCUGCCGACGAGGCCAGCCGUGGAUCUGGCCUUCCACAAUCUCACCUACCGGGUCAAGGAAGGGAGGAGAAACAAUGUGAAAACCAUUCUGAAGGAAGUCAGUGGAAAGCUUCGCUCCGGCGAACUGACGGCCAUCAUGGGACCUUCGGGUGCUGGCAAGAGUACGCUGCUCAACAUUCUCACCGGCUACAAGACCACAAACAUCGAGGGUUCGAUCACGAUGAAUGGAAAGGAACGUAACCUCAGCCAGUUCCGUAAGCUGUCGGCCUACAUCAUGCAGGACAACCAGUUGCACGCCAAUUUGACGGUUCAGGAAGCGAUGCAUGUGGCUGCAAGUCUCAAACUGAGCCAAAAAGUGGAGAAAAGCGAAAAGUUGCAUGUGAUCAAGGAAAUCCUUGACACUCUCGGCCUGGAUGAGCACCGUGCCACCCUGACGAGGAAUCUCUCCGGUGGACAGCAGAAGCGUCUCUCGAUUGCCCUCGAGUUGGUAAACAACCCACCGAUUAUGUUCUUCGACGAACCGACUUCCGGUUUGGACAGCUCGACCUGUUUCCAGUGCGUCAGCCUGUUGAAGUUCCUGGCGCGAGGUGGCCGAACAAUCAUUUGCACCAUCCAUCAACCGUCUGCUCGAUUGUUCGAAAUGUUCGAUCAGCUGUACACUCUUGCCGAUGGUCAGUGCGUGUAUCAGGGUAACACCAAACAGUUGGUGCCAUUCCUCGGUACGCUCGAUCUGGAGUGCCCGUCGUAUCACAAUCCAGCCAGCUACAUCAUUGAAGUAGCUUGCGGUGAACAUGGAGAUCACACGCGCAAACUCGUGAACGCCAUUGACAACGGAAAGCGUGACAUUCGGGGUGAGUUGGACUUCCCAGCUCUGAAAAACAAAAAGAACGAAAAUGGAAAUGCGAACGCCAACCUCAAGUCGAACUAUGACAAACUGAAUGGAAAUAGCAAUAAGUAUGCCGAUAACUUAAACCUCGGCGGCAAUGGUCUGCUGCCGUCGUCCAUGGUUAAUGAUAUUGCUAAGGAAACCACCACCGAAACGAUCAAAAUCAACGUUGAACCGGAGAAGGAACCCGAAGUGAAUACCGCUCUCUUGCCAAUCGACGGACAGCUGGAUGCAGGACUGUCACCCGAGCGUUAUCCAACCUCCGAGUUCCACCAGUUCUGGGUUGUGCUGAAGCGAACGUUACUGUUCAGUAGACGAGAUUGGACUCUUAUGUAUCUUCGUUUGUUCGCGCACAUCCUCGUUGGUUUCCUGAUCGGUGCUCUGUACUACGAUAUCGGUAAUGAUGGCGCUAAGGUUUUGAGUAACCUGGGAUUCCUGUUCUUCAACAUGCUGUUCCUGAUGUACACGUCCAUGACGAUUACGAUUUUGUCAUUCCCUCUAGAGAUGCCGGUCUUGCUGAAGGAAAACUUUAAUCGAUGGUAUUCUCUACGAUCGUACUACCUUGCGAUAACCGUGUCGGACAUUCCAUUCCAGGCCAUUUUCUGUGUAUUCUACGUGUCUAUAGUUUACUAUUUCACGUCGCAACCGCUCGAAUGGUUCCGUUUCGCAAUGUUCCUGGGUUCCUGUUUGCUGAUUUCGUUUGUAGCUCAGAGUGUCGGUCUGGUGGUUGGAGCUGCUAUGAACGUUCAAAACGGCGUGUUCCUGGCUCCGGUGAUGUCCGUCCCAUUCCUGCUGUUCUCCGGAUUCUUCGUAUCGUUCGACGCCAUUCCAAUCUAUCUGCGAUGGAUCACCUACCUGUCUUACAUCCGGUAUGGGUUCGAGGGAACUGCCUUGGCCACCUACUCGUACGGUCGCGAAAAGCUCAAGUGCCACCAGGUGUACUGUCACUUCAAAUCGCCCACGACUACUCUCGAGGAGCUGGACAUGCUCGAUGCCAACUUCACCCUGGAUAUUGUAGCCCUAGUCGUCAUCUUCGUGGUGCUGAGAGUUGCCGCAUUCCUAUUCCUGCGAUGGAAGCUCAAAACUACUAGAUAAAUGAUUAUCUAGCUGGAAAACUUUGCAGAAAUGAUGUUUUUCUAUGAAUUUUUAACAUUAUACAAAGUUAUUACUCGAGAAUAGUUUUAGUGAAGGGGUAUAGAAAUAACUUACACCAAAUCAAUGUGAUGACGGGAGCAAUAAUUUGACCAAUUUUUCAUUUGAAAUUGGUAAAAUGACCUAAGAUAGCUAUUUUCUACCAAUAAACAAACAACAAAAAACACAAAUAGAAGAGAAUUGGAAUACGAAUAAGUACACCAUAUGAGGCUGUGCUUCAACUAGAACCGUAAAAUUCAAAAUCCAACCAUAUUGGGCAUGAUGAACAAACACAAAACGUAUUUUCAUAUACUAACAUUAACGAUGGAUUGAGGACUUUAAAUAGAAGUAGUGUUUUAUUUGUCUAGACGGAGCUACAUCCGUUGGAACAUUUUGUAAAGAUUAUACAACAAACCUUUUGAAAGUACCAUUUGUGAUAACAUUUUGAAAAAAAAAGAAAAAUAAAGGUGAUACAGAUA